AAAGGGAAAGAGAAAAAGGGAGAGGGGAGGGGAAUGGGUGUACACAGUGGAGAUGAGAGUGGAAAUGAGCAGUGAGUUGCAGGAGGAUUAGCCACCAGCUUCUCAGCUCCUCAAGUAGCAAGAUCUGCAUCUCCUUGAAGGAUGAGCCUGCAGCCGCAGCCGCGUGCGUCUGGACCUUAGAGGCUCUGCCUGGGCCGCUGCCUGACGCCCUCUCCCCCGAUACCCCACCGCCACUCCGCCAUGGACGGCCUGCGCCUGCCGCCCGUCAUCGAGGAGGUGGGGGACCCUGCGGAUGAUUCCACUGAUCUUAAACUAGAUGAUCCAGACAUGGAGGAGCAGCUAACAACUGAAGAGAAGGAGGUGCUGGAGGAAAAAGAUGGGAAGGAGGUGGAGGCCCCUGAUGGGGAGAAGGAGCAGGAGGAAAGAGCAAAGGAGGACAAAGCAGAGGAAGGGCAGGAGGAGGAAGAGGAGGACAUGGACCCGCUCACGGAGGAGCAGGAUCUGGAGGAGCUGAGGUCCCAGGUUCUGCAGCUGCUCCUGGAGUUGGGGGAGGCCAGGGAGGUGUCCCAGAAGCACGAGGAGGGAGUCCGUGAGCUGAGGGGUCUGCUGGAGGACGAGCGUCUAGCCAGCGCUCACCAGGCAGAGAGCUUCACUCGGCAGAUCCAGAGGCUGCAGGCCCAGCUGCGCUCGGUGCAGGAGGAGAUGGUCAGCCUUCAGGAGGAGAAGGAGAGCGAGCUGGCGGAGGCGCAGGAGGAGCUGCGGGAGGCGCAGGAGGAGGUGCUGGAGCUGCAGCAGGCGGCGGAGGAGGCGGCGGCGGAGCGGGAGAACGACAUCGCCAGCCUGCAGGAGGAGCUGUGCCGCCUGCGGGCCGAGCUGCAGCGCCUGCACGCCGCCACGCAGGAGUACGAGCUGGAGAUCACCACGCUGCGCGCCGAGCUCGCCAUGAAGAGCCAGCGGAGGGAGGAGGAGCGGCGCGAGGGUGACGUGGGUCUGCUGAAGGAAGAGUGUCGCGCUCUGAGGGAGGAAUGCAAGGUCCUGAAGGACGGAAACAGGAAGUUGUCAGAGAAACUGCAGCAGCUGCAGCUCCAGAGGGCGGGCUCCAGCGACGCGUACCUGGCGGUGACGGAGGACGACGCGGCGGCGGACGAGAAGGCAGAGGAGGGCGCGGCCGAGGAGAAGCCCGCGGAGGCCGACAGCUACAUCAGCGUGGCCACGCCCACAACCAGGACCAACUGCCGCCUGGUGGACGCCUCCAUCCAGAAGAACAUCUCCUUCGAGGGCAAGCCCCUCACCCCCACCGGCGGGGCCGGGGGCUUCGGCGAGAUCUUCUCCCUGCGGGACCAGCUCAAGCAGGCCGAGGCCCGAGCCGACGAGGUCCAGAAGGCGUGUGAGGGCUUGAAGGUGGAGCUGUCGGAGAUGCAGGCCCUGUACGACAGCAGUCAGGGCGAGCGAGCCGAGCUGGAGAGAGAGCUGCAGAGGUGCAAGGAAGAGCUGGACCAGCUGAUGGGGGGGAAGGCGCAGAACUCCACAUCUCCGUCUGAGCCCCCUGUUCUCUCCGUCCCCUCCGUAGGAAUGAUUGUAAUUGUGGCCUUGAUAUGGUGCUGGUGGGCGGAGCUUUCAUCCUAGAAGGUACGAGCACGUCAUUUCCUUCAUCAUCCCCGAGGGAGGGGCGAGAGACAGAGUGAGAGAGAGCACAGUUAUAUGCUACGUUCAUUAAAUUUUACCUCACAUACUUGUUUAACUACACUGCAAAUACAUAAUAAUAAUAGUAAUAAUAACUAAUGCAUUGUAAAGAAUAAAUGAAUAAUCCAUAAAUAAUUACAGUUCAGUACAAUUUAUGUUCAUAAACGAGAUGGUUUCAGUGUUGUAGCAUAUUCAGUGUCAAGUGAGCAUUGCACUUACAGAACUUUUAUUUGUGUAAAUAAAGAGUAGGUGAUGUGCUCUGAGUGUGCUCUGAGUUUUAGAGUCAGGUCUGGGCUUGAGAUUAGGGUGUGAGGACACUGAGGAGUCUUGUUGAGAGUGUGAGACGCGAUGCUUUCGGGCUCUUGGUCUGAAGCACUGACAGCCUAACGAAAGAGAAAGGGAUGGUCAAUAAAACAGCGCAGAAACACUGGGGAGAAAUACAUUUUAAAAAAGCAUUUCACAUUGGAGAGAUUACAUAAGAUGGUUCUCCACAACACCGUUGGGAAACCACUGAAUCAUUCAAGACGCAAACAGUGAUGAUACAGCACACCUGCACAACUGGAACUUUGGAGGGUGAAGAACAUUCUUGUGUUCUCUUCUUUCAUGGCCAAGAAGGCACCUUUGUGUAUUUUCACAUGCACAAUUUCUGAAAAAUAAAAGAAGUCUUUGUGGUCGUAUGUUGUCACUUGGCUCGUCUGGCGACCCUGGGGCCUACGAAGAUGACUGUUUGAGCCAAAAUGGAUGACGCAGCGCCGGAUUCAGACCUGCCUUUCAGCACUGCGGAGCGACAAGUGGCGACUGGCAGAGCGCAGGGAUUCUCAGAGAAACGCUCAUCGCCCUGCUAGCCACCUGCUAACGUGCUAGGCCACAGUGGGCUUAGUGCGGGGGCCUGUUUGCGUAACAAAUGAAAUGAAGAUGUCCUCAUAUCACGUGCUGUAGGAGAGUGAGCCUCUCUACUGUGCGUGUGUGUGUGUGUGUGUGUGUGUGUGCGUGUGUGUGUGUGUGUGUGUGUGUUCGGUUUGGUGUGUAUGUGUGAAGGAAGCCAUCAGCAGAUAUUUUCACUGGGUGUUCUCCAGUAUUACAUCACCGUUACAUCCACUGACACUCCCAGAUCCUGCAGGCACCGCACAUUUCCCAAAUCCCUCUGCUAUCAGGAAUGAAUUACACAUUGCACAAUGCUGUGUGUGUGCGUGUGCACGUGUGUGUGUGUGUGCGCGUGUGCGCGUGUGCGUGCGCGUGUGUGUGUGCGCAUGUACCUGACUGGUGUCUAUGUAUAUGUGUGUAGUGUUGUGUCUUUGUCUCGCUGAAAUUGAGGUGGGUUUGAGUCACAUGGUGCUUGACCUCUGACCCCCUCCUUUCUGCUGUCUUUAGGUCAGCAAAGGAGACUGGAACCCGGUGCUUGUUGUUGCCGUGGCAGCAGCCAUUGUGCUUAUCCUCCCCACUUUGUCCAGAGCUCUUUCAUGAGCGAGCCUUAACAGUGACCACGCCCUCCCUUGAUGAUGCCACGCCCCUCUCUGCCCCGUGCUGUGCCACGCCCCUUUUAGCACAGGCCCCGCCCACCACUCCAAAGAGGAGGCCCACACCAGACGUUCCACAGGAAGCGGAAAAGCUGGAAACAGGAAGUAGGAACUGGCAACGGAACACCAGGCUUCCUGUUCACGUGGUUCAGCAAGGAGGUCUACUGAAGCAUUCUGGGUUUUAAAAAAAAAGACCAAUCAAAAGUGAGACUAUUGUUUGUAUCUGUGUGAUCAGAGGACUGCUGGGCUGUGACAGGGGAUGCCUACGGACUGCAGAACCAGUCUGUUUAACUCUGCGUUGACAACACGGAACUCUCCACCUGUUGCCCACGGCGAUGGUGUCGGAACUUUGGAGUUACCAGCUGGGUUCCGGCUUCCAUGGCGACCAUGUUCUCUGACAGAACAGGGCUGUGGUUUAAACAGUGAGAGUUUUUGCUGGCUGUAUUUGUCACACGAUGACCAGUAUAUUGGCACUGUAUAUUUAUUUAUUCAUAUACUGGUUGAUUUAUUUGGCAUCAUGUAGUACGCUGACUGAAGACGGUGAUUCUUUUGUUGCGCUUCAAGGCUGCUCAGAGGGAAGCAGAAGAGUGGAGAGAAAAACAGCUGUAGACAGAUCUGUGUGGGGUUCAUGGAGAAACGCGUUGUUUUUCAGAACUAAUUGCUUGCUUUACAUCGUAUGAGCAUGUUUUUUUUCCUUUGCGUGACGUGAAGUUUGUUUUGACUAUCAGACUCCAGUCAGCUGUUCUGCAGACAGCUUUCCUCUUUUUCCUCACUUUCUGUGAUUUGAAAAUGAAAACUCGAUAUUUUUACUCGAUAUUUCAGCGCAUGCUCUGUUCAGUUACAGAAAGGAAAAAAGCACAUAAUACCUGUAGGAUAUAUCCUCCUGAGCUCCGCAUGCGUGUCUUCACACAGGUACUUCAUAUGCGCUAUAUAUUCUGACAAAAUGAAAUGUUAUUUUUAUUAUUAUUUAGCUCACAAAAUAAUAAUUUCCAAUGCAGCAUAAUUCCUUGGAAGUUGUCCAGCAGUGAGUGCACACGUUCCGGGCCGAUGGUGUAGGAGAGAAGUGCACUUUUCCAAAUGACCUCUUUAUGACUACAGUUUUCUUUUAACUCCCUUUUUUCUAAAUUAAAAACCGUAAUAUAAUUUUGUUCAGUGGGCUGUACGCCUACAGUUGUAGCAGACUUUAGACACCUCUAUUUUUGUAAAUUGAGAUACUAAUGGUGUAAUUUUAACCAGCAAACAAUCGCAAAUGAUUUGCUUCUUCAGAGAAACUUGUACAGUGGUUGUUGAUGCUUUCUUGUGGUCUACUCUAAGUAGUCUCUGUCUGUUUUGGGAACUUGGCCAAAACCAAAACUCUUCCAAAUGAAUUGACCCCACAGUUAAACAGAUGAAGGAUAUGUGGAAGAAUAGGCGUGUCAGAAGACGCUCGACUCAAUGAAAUUAGUUUUAUGUUUUUACCCAGCGCCCACAGCAGACUGUUUGACACACUAGCAAAUAAAGAUGUUUGUGAACCAUGGUCUCAGAUGUUGGAUCAGUACAGUACAUGUAGCUGUUUAGUACGUUAAAGAAAAUUAAUAUUUAUUAGAAAGUGUGAGCAAACCAGACAAGGAGGAUUUCGUUAAAAUAUGUCAUUUUCAAAAUAAGAAAAUACAAACAAAACCUUAAAAUUAAAAUAGGCAUUUAUUAAAAAUAAAAAAAUAAAAAGCACUUGCUUGGGACCCCCUGAGAUUCUCUGGGGGACCCCUGCUUCAGAAUGCAGUAAAGCAAACCUCAGCUUUUGGGGAAAUUAAAAACAAUCAGGCACUUGCACUUUUCCGAGAGUAACACACAUAAUUAUCAUACAAUUUAGUCCUAAUACAUUGGGAAACAAACAGGCUUUUACUGAAUUAUAAUGUAAAGAAAUAUAAAUAAAUAUAAAGAAGAAAAUAUCCUUUCCUAAAUGCGUUUACUCUGUGUAAAGGAGAAUGUGACUGAGUGAUUAGAUUGAGCCUACAGACCUCCAGCCGAAUUUGAUACAGGAGAAAAUCACAGCUCAAACAGGCAAUAACUCCACCUUGCUCUGACUACUCAUGAGCGGUGACUUAAAGGUUUAUUUUUGUACCCUUGUUGACCUCUAAACCCCCAAAUUUAACAAUACAGUGCCUCUGUGGGUGUGGCCACCCCUAAUAGGACUGAUGUAUUUUUGUAAAUAUGCACAUUGUAUUUAAAGUGCAGGCAUAUAGAAGUACUGGCGGUCAGACAGCUAAAUGUUGGCGAUUUGCCUUUUCAUUAACUAGCGAUGCUAUUUUACUCUACAGAAAUAAAAACAUAUAUAUGUUUCAUUGACCAGUGGGAGGGUAUUGAUUUGCGGAUUCAAGAAACAAGUGUGUAUAAUAGGUUUUCUUGGACCGCAGUUUAAAGUUACAUUUUUUUACUUGUGUGUUUGUUUUUAUUUCGUCAUGUGUUAGGUUAGUGUUAUGCCCUCCCUGUUGGUGAUAUCUUAUGAUAACAAAGUGCUUUUCUCUUGGCAUGCAUUGCAGAUGCUCAGCAAGCCUUGAUUAUGUCAUCUGUAGCUGGUGUCUCAUGUAAUUAUUUUUCUAGAACAGUAGCGUGCAUGUGAUCACAUGGAGUCAUAAUAAGUUUUCACAAAAAAAAAAGCAACUAAACCUGUUAGUGGAUGUUAAAUGACGUGAAAAGAAAUGCUAUAUUACUAAACCAUGUCAGUUUGCUUGCGUGCUCGGUUCUGUAUGUCCUUGUGCAGACACAGUAGAGUUUCACACAGUCCAGUGUGUGAGCUGGAUGUCGCCUGUAUCUCCCUGCAGAUUAGAGCCAUUAUGCAGUGGAUCCGCUGUGGCUCUAGUAACAUCAAUUAUGUGAAUAAAAUGUAAGAUAUGUG